AUGAAGAUUCUGCUGCUCGUCUUUGGUCUGGCGUGUGCUGACCAGGAACCUCCAUCUGAGGAAGCUCUCUCAAAGAUUACAGGAGAAUGGCGCACCAUUUACAUAGCAUCCGAUGACGUGGACAAGACACAUGAAAAUGGCCCAUUAAGGGGUCAUAUCCAUAGGACUGAAUGCAGCAACAACUGUGAAACAACCUACAUUACUUUUUAUACCAAAAAUUAUUUCCAACUGAUUAUUGUAUCAAAGAACAUGUUGGUAAUCUAUGCUGAAAGCAUCGAUGAAGACAAGACCACACACCUGACUGAAGCAUGGAAUCCCGCCAAAGGGCGUAGUCUCAGUGAAGAAGAAUUCAACAAGUUCGAGGAACUGACCAAGGACAAACGUGUCCCAACGGAAAACACAGAAGAUGUCAUUGCAACAGGUAAAGUCCCAGAGGCCAACGUGUAUCCAAGAUGA